AUGGCAGACAACGCCGACUCCUGUCCGGUCGACCACAAAACCCGCGAUGCCUGGCUCCAAGCCGCCCGCGCCGCCGAAGCCUCCAAGCAGAGCCAACUCCCAAACCAAACCCAACCGGCAACAUGCCCUGUCGACCACUCCUCCAAAGCAACAUCCUCGUGGACCCAGAAAAUCUCCUCCCUCAUCUGGUCUCCCGAGACGCCAACCCUCCCCGCCAACCACCCCACGAUACCUUCACAUGCCCAGCCCGGCCUCGACAACGGCCGCGUAACCUCGUCCAUCCCGCGAUCCUUCUCCGCAGACGCAGACGACUGCCCCGUCGACCACGGCGCCUCUGCGAACCCGUCCAAUGCCGAGAUUGAGUCUGGCCGCGACGCUUCGGGCAACUGGGUCUACCCCUCGGAGAAGAUGUUCUUCGACGCCAUGAAGCGCAAGGGCUAUGACGCUCGCGAGGUGGACAUGAGGACGGUUGUGCCGAUCCACAAUGCCGUCAACGAGCGGGCGUGGGAGAAGAUUAAGGAGUGGGAGGCUCCGUAUCUCAUUGAUUCAAAAUGCGGUGGCCCCAAACUCACCUCCUUCGCCAACAAAAGCGAGCGCAUGACCCCCACCGCCCGCAUAAACACCAUCCUCGGCUACACCGCGCCCUUUGACCGCCACGAUUGGGUCAUUGACCGCUGCGGCACCCGCGUCGACUACGUGAUUGACUUUUACGCCGGCCGGCCUGGCGGUACGGCCGGAGGGCCGAGUUUCUAUCUCGAUGUGCGGCCGAAGCUGAAUACGUGGGAGGGUGUGAAGAUGCGGGCUUGGAAGUGGACUGGGCUUGCAUGA